AGUAAAGAACAAGUUAAAGGGCCUGUAUGGAGAAAGGUUUGGACUGUCGCUUUAAUAAAUGAUGGCAAGAUUUCAUCCGAAACGGUUAGCGGCAUCAAUUUUUGUGAUUGUUGGAUUGACUUCUAUGUAUAAGUUUAUUAUACUUCGACCACCGUUAGAUAUUCAACCGACACAGAAACUGUUACUUGACACCAUAAAAACGACUUCGCUAGCUUUAGACAAUAGUGUACAUUUAAAACAUUCAUUUGAACCUCGUCAAACAAAUCAAACAGUUACCCAACAUAAACAGAGUGCAGCAGUACACGUAAACAAAACUGAGACAAGGAACGAUAGAAAUUUUGGAUUAAAUCCAAUCAAAGUCCACGAGGAUGUUCACAUGGACGCAAUUAAAGUCCGCUUUGACAGUAAGACUGGUUUGAUGAGCUGCCCUGGACUAUCCAAACCCCAAAAUAUACCAAACGACACACAAGUAUUCCAAGAGCUAAGGAAAGGUGAUAGACUUAUAUUUGGGUUUGGCGCGUACUAUGAUGUUCGGCGAAACCUAAUAAGGAUAACAGCGAUUCAAGAUGCACAUACUGCAAAUCGGCCGAAGUUUUGUCAACUGUGGAAGGAGUCUUCGAAUGACGUCACUGUGACCAAGAUGAGAAUAGAGCGAAACCAAGGAGGCCAUGGAAAUAGGUACAAUGGGGCAUUUUUGACUUGCCCUCUCCAAGAAGACGGUGGUGUCUACAGCGCCGUGUCCAUAACGUUUGAAGAAUGUGAACGUGCGCAGAAUAUAUUUUCAAUUCAAUACCCACAAAUUGACGACAUAUCAGACGAACCAGCCAAUGAUUUUAACGUUUGUCUGGAAGCCCCUUUAAAUUUAAACUACAGUCGCUAUUAUGAAUUAAUAGAAUGGAUUGAAAUGAAUAGAAUACUAGGGGCCAGUCAUUUCACUAUUUAUAACCAUACAAGUUCUAAUCUAGUCAAAACAGUUUUAGAAUCGUAUAUUAAGGAUGGUAUCGUCACGCUCGUACAGUGGCCGAUACCGCUCCGAGUCCACAUCUGGCCUCAGCCGAAGUCAUACGUAGAAGAGAUACAUUAUUAUGGUCAAACUGCCAUGAUUAAUGAUUGUCUCUACCGGAUGCGACACUCCGCGAAGUAUCUGGUAUUUGUGGACUUGGACGAGUUUAUUAUUCCAAAGAAGACUCAAACUUGGAUUGAGUUUAUCAAAGAAAAUGAUCCAAAGAGACGAAUGGGUGGUUAUGUAUUUAGAAACGUCUUCUUCCGGAAGGAAUGGGAUUCUGGAUCAGCAAUAUCAAAUGAUCAAACUGUACAAAAGUUAAAACUAGUGACGCUUAUGAAAACUAAAAAGGAGACCAAAAUCUGGCCGCCAUACCAAAGAUCAAAACUUAUUAUAGAUCCUUUGAAAAUCAAAGAAAUGGGUGCUCAUCAAAUAUGGGGUGAGAAAUCUGGGGCAGAUUUAGUAGUUGAUCCAAAAGAUGGACUUCUGCAUCAUUAUAGGAAUUGGGAAAAUCCGUCUGAUCUUCCCGGCCCAGUCGAUGAAACAAUGCUUAAGUAUAAAGACGACCUCAUUGAUGCUGUGAUAAAGAGAUAUGCAAAAUUGGGCUUAAAUUAUUAACGGUUUAAUUUAUGAUUAUUCUAAAAACCAUUGAGCUAAAAGGGUUAUUUGGUUUAAUAAUAUUAUAAACAAGGUAUACAUUGAUGAAUAUCGCAGUUUGAAAGCUGCCGUGUAAUUUACUAUGCAUGCCCAAAUUAAAAUAAGACCUUGGUGCCAGUCGUCCCCUCGAAUCUAUUAAAACUUCAAGGGAACGAGAGAUUUCCUGAAAUAUUCAGAUGACAAGAUUGAUGUGGCGUCCGCCUGCCCGCACACAUUACCAGCAGAGCCCAGCAGCACAAAGCGACUACAAUAUAGCAGUUCAGCAUUUUUCAUUUUUGAAAUGUAUGGAGCUCAGUGAAUACGUUUUUGUAUUUUACAAAUGAAGAUGUUCAGAGCAUUACGGAACAGAAAUACCACGUAAAUGCCCAUGUAGCCUAUAUCUCCGAAUAGCUGUAAAUAUACCCUUAAUAUCAGAACCUGCACACUUAUGAUAUCGUUUAGUGUGACGGUGUGGUAUACUAGCAAUAUAAAUUUAUGUGUAUAAAAAACGUCUGCUGGAUAAAGACAGCCAUACUAUAUAGCAAAUAGCUAUUGAAUAAUAUAAUGAUUCAAAGACCGCUAAAGCAGUGAACUGUGAUAUUAAAUUUGGUAUAAAAGAAAGGUCUGAAAUCAAUUUUUAGCGACCACCAGCAUAUUUCAAAGAUAAUCUCAACUCGCGGAAAACAAUGGGCACCUGGAUGAUCUCAAAAAGAUCAUGACAAAGAAGUGCUUUGUUUGCAAAAUGCCACUGAAUUUAUUGAAUUAUGUUUAUUUUCCCUCCAUUUUUGGAGAUAAUUAAUAAUUUUUAGUCGCAAAAAUAUAAAAUCAUUCAAUAGUACGAGAUAGAUGUCAGCGUAGUAGUACUUUUUGAUCAGAUUUUCAUCUAUAGAUGGUAGCACGCCAUUAUAUGUAUUAAACGUUUGAAAUGUACACGUACCGUUUAUUUAUCGAUUUAUUCAUGUUUAUAUGCUUAUUGAUAUAAUUAGAUUAAGGCAGAUUUAAAUUGAGUCAGUAUUCUUUCCAAAAGUCUCAAUUUUAGAUUAUUGGGCUCAUCAAUUGUAUGUAUAGCUCUGUGCAAAAUGAUAACACCGAUGUACAAAACCCCAUUUUAAGUUUUUUAACUUAAGUAUGGUUGAAUCUAAAGAAACAAGACUUAGUGUAUUUGUGAAGGAAUCAUUAUGAGUAAUACAUGUUCAAUUAAUGUUCAUAUUAACCAAAUAUUAAGACAUUUAUCAAUGGGUAAUUGUUAUGUUACUGCGUUUUUUAAUUACUUGUGUAGUGUUAUUGUAUUGUUACUUUAAAGGCAAAUUAUACCUACGUAGAAUAGUUGUAGAAUUCUGGAGAUACUUUUCUUUUUUCAUUUAAAUAAUCCCUUUUCACCAUAUUUCAAGUAAUUAAUUGACUAUUUUCACAAAUAACAUAAACAACGGCGUUUAUUUUAAAACAAUAGAGAGGUUAAGCUUGCACUGAUUUUCACAAC